AUGACAGAGGAACUUGUUUCCGGUAUCAUUUUUCAAGGAGCUCUUUCAUCAGCCUUGCCUGUUCUUCCUUCCACCUUGGAAGAGAAAUAUCCUAAGUUGCCCAACGCUCAACAGGUUUUCAUGGAGAGAGAACUGGAUACAAAUUCUCCAUCUCUUUACUCGUCUUUUCUCUCGAACAGCAGGGUUGUUGGUCCUAUGUUCUCAUCUACCUCAGGAUACUUCAAUGAUCUUUAUCUUUCCUCCAUUGCACCUCCUGAAAAGCAUUCAAGAAAGUCACCCUUUUCAACAAAUGCUGGGGCAUCAAUGCCACUAGCUCCUUGUCAUUCUACGAUGCUCCAAUCUGUAGCAUCAAGCAAAAGUUAUUCCUUGUCUACAGAUUCAUUAGCAGAUUUCUUUGAUUAUCCUGUAAAUACUUCCAGCAGGAAAAUUCAAAUUGGAAGCAGCAUGAAUGGUGGUUGUGCCAUGGCAACUGAAGACCUUAGUAAACAAAAUGAUUGGCAGGAUUGGGUUGACCUAAUAAAUGAUGAUGAUUCAUUGAAUUCUGAUUUGAAUGAAAUUUUUGUUGAUAACAUUGUUGAAGAUCCUGAGCUAAAGGUAACAAAUUAUUCGGAACAACAGUCCAAAGUACUCCAGCAGAUUUCAGCUCCAUCUGAGGAUUCUCCUCAUGCUCUUAACUCCACAUCCACAGCAAGUGGUGGUCCAACCAAAAUGUGCAUGUGUUGGACACCUGAGGCCUUUGCUGAAGCAGUCAAUAAACUUGGUGGCAGUGAAAGAUCUUCAGAGAAAAAGUUUACCCGCAUUGAGGAAGUCGCAUCUCUGGACUUGAAAACGGGUAUUGAGCUCACUGAAGCAAUACGAUUACAGAUGGGAGUCCAAAAGCCCUUGCAUGAGCAGUCAGAGAUUCAAAGAAAUAAUCUACAGCUGAGAAUAGAAGAGCAAGGGAGACAUCUCCUGAUAAUGUUUGAGAAGCAAUGCAAAGCAAGUUCUUCAGAGAAAAAGUUUACCUGCAUUGAGGAAGUCGCAUCUCUGGACUUGAAAACGGGUAUUGAGCUCACUGAAGCAAUACGAUUACAGAUGGGAGUCCAAAAGCCCUUGCAUGAGCAGUUAGAGAUUCAAAGAAAUAAUCUACAGCUGAGAAUAGAAGAGCAAGGGAGACAUCUCCUGAUAAUGUUUGAGAAGCAAUGCAAAGCAAGUGAUACUUUGAAGGCGUCAUCCAUCGUCGUUGUCUGCCCCCACCCUGGAAAACUUCUUUGCUAAUACUGAAUGAUAUAAGGAGCUUUGAAACUCUGAUGUUCAGAUUUGCU